AUGUUCAGAGACCUUGCCAGGAUCCACAUCGUUUCCUUCGCCGUCGGAAUAGUCGGAUUGAUCGUCGGUAUAGUCGGCAUUGUUUUGGCUAUUGUUUUCGGAACUGCUCAAACCACUUGCACUACUCCAGUAACACCAACAUGCCCUGUUAUCACCGCUCAGGCUUGUAAUACAAAUCUCUUUGGUAUCAGUACAACCGUAAAUAAUAUGAAAUGGGACGACGCUUACAAUAACCCCAAUGGAGCAGAAUACAAAAAUGCAGUAAAUAACAUCACAUCUACAUUAACAGAUUCAUUGAAUGCUGGAUUGAAUAAUCAAUCUUCUUCUUCGUCAUUCCUCCGAAUUCUCGCUGCUACUGGACCGACUUCUAAUAAUGUGAAAGUUGAAAUCACUCGAUUAGAUAAAGACGGAAAUGGGUUUGUCAUCGCUACUGGAAACGGUGCUAUUUCCGCUGCGGUUCCCAUUGAAAACAUGCCAAAUGCGACUAAUGUAGCCAAUGUUAUUACUUCGGAUAAAAACGCAUAUUCGAAUUCUACAGCUACACCACAAGUUUGCCCAACUUGUUCCGAAUGUCAAGUGUGCACAACUCCAACCUAUGAGUGUCCAACCUGCACACCAUCUCCUGCAGACUGCCCAACUCCAACUCCAACUAUAGGUACCACACAAACCAAUCCCCCAACCACCACUAGGGCUCAAACGAGCUCCAAAGCACCUUCUACACUCAUCAGCACAACAGGUCCACAAACCACAAUUCAGAAGGCCCUAUCUAGUUCAUUAAGCCCCGUCCCUGUCCCCAGUACCACGCAAUCGAGACCCACAUCUGCAGGCAGUACCAGCUCAACCCCAAAGCCCCAAACCUCGUCCCCAGUCCCGUCGACCACGACCCCAACGACCACGACCCCAACGACUACGACCCCAACAACCACAACCCCGACAACAACGACCCCGACAACAACGACUCCAACGACUACGAGUCCCACGACUACAAGUCCCACAACCACGAGUCCUUCAACUACAACCCCAACAACAACGACUCCAUCAACCACGACCCCGUCGACCACAACCCCAACGACAACAACCCCAACGACCACAACUGUAACCACGCCAACUACAUCGACGGCUACAACCACUACUCCAACAACUACUACCACAACUCCAUCAGUUCAGUCCACAAGUACAGUAGCAUUGCCAACAACUCCAGGAACAACGACUGUCCCCCCAACCAUCGGUCCCAAUCAAUGCUACUAUCAGUCAAACAUCGCUAUCGCCGUGGAGCUCACCAAUGACAACUCACCGAUAGACCUCAAAAUGCAGAGCUUCAUUUACAACACCCUUCUAUUUUAUUCUGGAAAUCCAUACCAACUGGGAAAAAGAGGAAGUAAUAUGACAGAGUUGGCUCUUGUACCAUAUCCAACAUAUACUGAAAUCGGUAGUAUCAUGGGCUACGGAGCAGCGACAACUUCCCAAAGAAUAUCUGGAUUGUUCAAUUCUUCAUUCCCAGUUUUCGCUGGCCCAGAUCCGGAAAUCUAUGAAGCCCUUAAUUUCAUUUCCAAUCUUACAUAUGAUGGCAACCCUGGCUAUGUGAUUAUCAUGGGUAAAAAUGGGUCGUCGGUAAUUAAAUCAAUGCCAUCAUCUGAACUGCUUCAAACGCGUAGAUUCACUGUUAUCACGAUUGGCUAUCAAUCAAAUGAUGAUUUCAGUUUAUUGGCCUCAAAUCCAGGACUUUCAUUCAUAAUUAAUCAAGAUUCCGAUGAACUUGUUGUCGCUCGACAAAUUGGAAAUAUUCUCAAAGACAGAACAAGCCAACAUAGCAAGCAAGGCCCUGCCCGAUACAUCAUACUGCUACCGUCUUCUCCUUCUCCUGGCUACAUAACCUCCUCUACACUGACAGUCGUCACUUCGAAAUCAACUCCAGGCCCAACCAUCUCGACUGUCACAACUACCCUGCCCCCUUCAUCUUCCAGUCCCGUUCCUGUUCCAUCGAGCUCACCCAAACCAGUACCACCGAGCUCAAUUGGUACAUCUAGUACAUCCCAAGGUACUACUUCUUUACAGCAAGGAGUCAGCAGCACUUCUGCAACCCUUCCCACAACUCAGAAGUCUACAACAAGCAAUAUUUCCAGUUCCCAGAAGCCCCCCUCAACCUCCCCAUCUUCCCCAACCCCUACUUCCCAAGUUUAUAGCACCUCUACUAUCGGAUUCACUUCCACCCAAUCCAGUUCAUCGAGUCAAUCUUCAGCUUCCCAAACCUCUACAUCUUCUCCUACAUCCAAAGUUUAUAGUUCCUCCACGAUUGGAUUCACUUCCACCCAAACACUCUCAACCAGUUCUUCGAGCCACUCUUCAGCUACUACUUCAACAGGAGGUUCUUCUAGCAUGUCUUCCAGCAUGUCUUCCCAACCCUCCACCAUUUCCUCUUCAACCGCCACAUCCUCCCAACCAAUUCUCACAUCUUCAGGCUCUCUUAGCAGUUCUUCUGCACCAUCCACUUCUGGUCCAUCCACAAGUAUUGCACCAAACCCUACUGGAAGUUCCAGCAGCACUUCAUCAGUCCCUACACCGUCGGGAUCACAAAGCACUUCUCCUCAGUUCAGCAGUCAGACUACACCAUCCAUAUCGACACAAACCAGUAGUACUGCACAGUUCACAUCUACCUCCGCACAACUCACUUCAUCAACUGUUCCAGCUGGAACCACUGGAACCACACUUCCAACCACUGCGCCUCCAACAAAGGCUCCUGGAGAAUGCUACUACCAGUCUAAUGUUGCGGUUGCAUUUGAACUCGCAACUUCGACAGAAGAUAUUGAUCUUCAAAUCCAAAACUUCAUCACCGAUGACUUGUUCUUCUAUCAAGGAGCUCCGUAUGAUCUAGGAAACAUCACUGCUGGAAAAACGGAGCUUUCUCUGGUUCCAUACCCAAAUGAUGAUGCGUUGGCCAAGGUGAUGGCAUACGGAUUCGCAUCAAAUCCAGGUCAAAUUGGUGGUGUAAUGGAAAUCUUCCAACAAACGGCUCAACAAACACCCAUUAUUUCUGACGCUUUCAAGUAUAUUCCAUUAAACCAGAGAACUGGAGCACCUGGAUUCGUUAUUCUAGUAGGCAAUUCAGAUGCAUCAGCACCAGCUGCCGUCGCUUCUGCUAAGAAUCUUCAAGCUCUCGGCUUCAAAAUCAUCACUGUCGCCUACAAGUCAGCUGGCUCCUUUGUUGCCUUGUCUUCUGAUCCGUCUUACAACUUCCAAAUUCACCAAGAUGCUGAUAAACAGUCUGUUGCCAAAGCUAUUGGAGACAUUCUAUAUGCCUACGCAUGCACUACAACUGUUGCUCCAUCCUCCACUGUCACUGUUCCCCAGGUUUCAACGUCAUCUCCGGCUUCAAAGGCCUCUACAGCAUCGUCAGCUCCAACGACUACCGUAACCAAUCCAACUGUAGCUUCCACGUCCAUCUUCCAAUCCAGCUCAACAGUUAGUUACACCACCACAUCGGGUCCAACUCCAACAACAUGCGUCUGUACUACAAUUGAACCAGGAAGCACGUCACCAGGAUACAGUACCUCAACGUAUGCUACUACGAUGGGAUCAAGCAGUUUUAGUACAGUCAGCACACCAUCUAUGACUUCUGGAAGUACUCCAGGAGCAUCAUCAUCGCUUUCAACUCAACCAAGUACUCCUGGAGGAUCAACUGCUUCUUCUCAAAGUCCUGGACCAUCGUCUUCAUCUCCAUCUCCGCAAACUUCGACUGUAAGAGCAUCUACUUCUUCUCCAUCUCAACAGAGCUCUUGCUCGCCGACCUACACAACUGCUACAGUCCCCAGUGGAUCCACACCCUCUGCUACACAAUCUACAUCUCCAGUGUCAUCUUCUACAGGAACCGUACCAUCAACUGUUCCAACGUCGAGUGGUUCCACUACAUCUCAAAUCUGUCCUAACCAACAGACAGUGUUUGAUGGAUCAGUUGGAGUGAUUUUCGAACUUCUUCCAGCAUCUGCGCAACAGGCAACCAUCAACGCAUUUGUCGAAAACAUUUUAUUGAAUUCUAACUAUUACGGAUUGGCGGUGGAUAAUUUAACGAAUCAAAAUCGAACCCUUGCUACUGCUAUUCCAUACCCAUCAACAGACAAAUAUGGUGUGACAGGAUAUGGAAGUGCCAGAAGUGUGAACGACUUCAAGAACGAAGUGAUUGCCUUCAACGGAGCUAUUAAACCGGUUACUAAAACAAGUAAUCUUUCUGACACUCUGUUAUAUGUAGCUACUCUCCAAAGUGUGACACCUAAAGCAUCUUUGAUUAUCGUUGGAAACAAUGAAUCUAUGAUUGAUCCUCUCUCACAAACAUUGGCUGGUAAACUAAAUGCCACAUUCACAAUCUAUACCGUAGCUGUUGGAGAUGGUGCAACAACUAAACUUGCUCCUUUGUCUUCAGGAGACGGAUACAGUUUCACUGGAAACACCCAACAAAUUGCUGAUCAGAUUGGUCGGAAAAUGGCAACAUCCAACCCAGCCAUCUAUUGUCCACCACCAGUUCCAUCUACUUCUGCCCCUAUCACUUCAACAGUCAGUAUGUCAUCAACCGCUUCCGUAUCUACAACGAUUACAUCGACAACUCGCUUGACUACUGCUAAACCUACAGUAGGACCAUGUCAAUGCGCGGGACGAUGGGUGUACAAUGGAGACAUGGCAAUCGCAUUCGAAUUUAUUAAUGGCACUGAUGGAUCAAAGCAAGUCACUAACUUUAUCAGCAACGUAUUGUUGAAGAAUUCCGAUGCCUAUGGUCUCAGCGCCGAUGUCAAUGGAAACCAACCGUCUAAACUGACCAUCGUACCGUAUCCAGACCCCAGUCAUUACUCUGAUGCUAAUGCUCUGCCAUAUGGAUCGAUCAAGGAGGCUAGUGAUAUCGGAGAGUUUGUAGAUAUUUAUUCCAAUCUUACCUCCCCGGAUACUACUACACCGUCAAUCGAUGAUGCGUUUGUCUAUAUCAAAACACUUAAUACUGCGAAUGCCAACGCCAAAGUAGUUCUUCUUGUGGCCUCGAACGGCUCUAAAGUCACUGAUGCAAUGGAUUCGGCCAACGCCUUGAAAGCCAGUGGUUACACUGUCAUUACAGUAGCUCAAACCGCUUCAGCCGAUGUUUUUAAACCAUUGGCAUCUGGAGAUAAAUACACCCUUCAAAUCGGAGUCGGAAACGAUGAUGUUGCUGCUGAUCAAAUUGCAAAUCUUCUUUUGGAUUUGAGUUUCGUAUGCUAUGAUGAUGGUUCAAGUACUCCGGCUCCAACUACAAGAUGUCCAGGAACUCAAGGAACAACUCAGCCAGGAUCUACUGGAACAACGCCAGUAGCAAGCAGCAGUAGCUCAAUGGGAUCGACUUUUUCCUCUGGAAGCAGUAGUACAUUGGCCGGAUCAUCUUCAUCAAGCUCUGGUAGUACAGUGUCUGUUGGUUCAACUGUCCCAACCCAAUCUACCAGUCAAGGAAGUUCGAGUUCAAUGAAAUCAACAGUUUCCCAAGGUUCAACUUCCACUCAACCGCCUGCAUCGUCUGCUAGUACAGUAACUUCAACAAUGGGCUCAACUGUAACAUCUGCAUCAUCCACACAAGGUUCCAGUACAUCCGGAUCAACAAGCAUGGGCUCAACGGUGUCUUCUUCGACCAUGCUAACUACUAUGAGACCCUCAGUAGGACCAUGUGACUGCCAAGGAAGAUGGGUGUACAACGGAGACAUGGCAAUUGCCUUUGAAUUCAUCAAGGACUCGUCUGGAUCUGAUAAAGUCACUAACUUCAUCAGCAACACAUUGUUGAAGGAUCCUAGCUCAUAUGGUCUCAGUGCCGAUGUCAAUGGAAAUCAGCCAUCUAAACUGACCAUCGUACCAUAUCCUGAUCCCGUCACCUAUGCUGCCGCUAAUUCCCUACCGUAUGGUUAUAUUAAAAACUCCACUAUGAUUGGAACCACUAUUAAUCAGUAUAGAAUUUUCCAGUCUGAUAGUAAUGAUCCAUCCAUUGCUGAUGCUCUUACUUACAUUGGAGAACUCACAAAAGGGCCAAACGCCAAAGUUGUUCUUCUUGUGGCCUCGGAAGGAAAUGAUGUUAUUAAUGCAACAGAGUCCGCCAAUGCCUUGAAAGCCAGUGGUUACACUGUGAUUACAGUAGCUCAAACCCCUACCUCUCCCGACGUUUUCAAACCAUUGGCAUCAGGAGAUAAAUAUUCUCUUCAAAUCGGAGCCGGAAACGAUGAUGCUGUUGCUGCUACAAUCGCUAGUCUCUUGUUGGAUAUAAGUUCUGUAUGUUAUGAUGAUGGAUCAAACACUGCUUCUCCAAUCACAAAGUGCCCGGGAUCUCAAGGAACAACUCAGGCAGGUUCUACUGGAACAACGCCAGUAGCAGACAGCAGUAGUUCCAUGGGAUCAACUGUUUCAUCAGGAAGCAGUAGCUCAAUGGGAUCCACGGUGUCCUCUGGAAGCAGCAGUACAAUGGGAUCAACCGUUUCAUCUGGAAGCAGUACUUCAAUGGGAUCAACAGUCUCCUCUGGGAGCAGUACUUCAAUGGGAUCAACAGUUUCAUCUGGAAGCACUAGUACAAUAGCCGGAUCUUCCUCAUCAAGCGCUGGUAGUACAGCGUCUGUUGGUUCAACCGUCAUAACCCAAUCUACCAGUCAAGGAAGUUCUAGUUCAAAGGGAUCAACUGUUUCUCAGGGUUCAACAUCAACUCAAACGGCUGCAUCGUCUGCUAGUACAAUAACUUCAACCAUGGGCUCAACUGUAACAACGGCACCAUCUACAGAAAGUUCGAGUACAUCCGGAUCAACAGUAACUAACACAGGAUCCACGUCUUCCCCUGGUGUCUCCACAUCUACAAGUGGAUCAACAGUAACAUCUGGAUCUUCCACCUCGCCUGUUCCGCUAUGUGCAUCUCCAUUCAAAGGAAAAAUUGCAGUAGUUGUUGAGAUGAAAAAAGAUGACGCCGAAAUUCAGCUAGCCGCGGCGUUCGUCAAGAAUUAUCUCUACAACUCUCAAAACUACAACUUUGCCGAUGUUACGCAGGCUAUCAAUGUUCCAUACGGUAGCACUGAUCAAUAUGGAACAAAUAUAUUGAAUUUCGGUGAUGCUAAAAGCUUGACAGAUCUGCAGAAAAAUCUCGAUGAUCUUUACAACAACUCUAUUUUGACAAGCAUGCCAGCAGUUGCAGACGGGCUUAAUUGGAUUGCAAACAACAUUGAUUCUCCAGCAGCUGGCUCAAAAGCGAUUGUUAUUGUUGUUGGUUAUAACCCCGACGUUAAUGAAGAAGCUACUUACUUUGCUAAAAUGCCCUUGACAACAGCAGGCUACCAGUUUUUGUCUGUAUCCGUUGGAUCGGGAAAUUUCGAGAGCAUAGCUGAUAAAAAAGAAUGGUACUUCCAAGUGGAUCAGUCGAACGGACAGACAAUCGCUAACCAGAUCUCUUAUAUUCUUUGUAAUAUGUCUUUGUAA